AUGUCGCCGAAAUGCUGGCUGUCGCUGCGUGUGCUGUACGUCGUGUCGUUUCUUGAUAUGCUAGGCGUGUCGAUGAUCAUCCCAUCGCUAGCACAGUACGUGAAGUCGAUGGAAGGUGGCGCGAUGAUAUUUGGACUGAUCAUGUCGCUUUAUGGUUUUAUCCAAUUCUUUGCGGCGCCCAUAGUUGGUAGUUUAAGUGACCACUAUGGUCGCAAACGCGUGCUACUCACAUGUUUGAUUGGAUCUUCUGCUGGAUAUCUUCUGCUCGGUCUAUCAUGGAAUAUUUAUGUUGUGGUUCUCUCUCGAAUUCCAGCUGCGCUAUUUAAGCACACACUUGACAUCGUCAAGGUAGCUAUAACAGAUGGCGAGAAGACAGACAAGCGAUCGACGGCAAUCGGACGUCUUAAUGCAGCGGCCAAUGCUGGAUUCAUUAUUGGCCCAACGAUCGGGGGUUACGUGAGCUCCAUUCCCAAUGGUUUUAAUUACACAGCGCUAUUAACCACAGCACUGUUUGGUCUAAAUUACAUCCUCGUAUCUUUGUGGUAUCUCGAAUUAAGGUGCCACGGCUCUCUCUCCCCAGCUAUAACAAACACCAAGCAUGAAAGAGAACACUACGACCAUCACAUCGACUGGAGACAGUUGCUACACAAUGCGUGGAUAAAAUUGCUCGGAUUUCGUGAUAUCAUCAAAGAAUCUAAGCCGGCGCAGACGCUGUUAUUUGCGAGAUUAUUGCUCUCUAUGGCAGCUAUUUUAUACAGGAGCCACUUUUCAGUGCUGCUGGAGGAUAAGUUCCAUCUGGACUCGAAAGAUCGCGGACUUGUACUGAGCUACAUGGGUCUAUUAGGCUUUCUUGGAAGCUUUUCGGUGGGUUUUGUUACGAAGGCUGUAAAAUCCGAGAAAUUGGUGCUGCAAUCUUCAGCUAUUAUCUAUGUCAUUACGUUUUUUGCGCUAUCGAGUGCUACCGAGAUCAGUACUGUGUACAUGAUGCUAGCACCACAAGUCAUUACCAUCAGUAUACUUCGUGCGAGUUCAGUGGCAUUACAGACUACAUUCGUUUCACAUGAGCAUGUCGGCGCAUUUAUGGGGAUAUCGUCUUCAUUGACAUCCAUCUCCCGCACUGUCGGUCCAAUCUUAUCUGGAUGGACUUACAUUGCUUCAGUCGAUGGACCAGCAUACGGUGCCGCAUGUCUAGCUGCAGGCAUUUGA